UCUGAAGCUGGCGCGAUGUCUCAGCUCCUGCACAUGGAGAUUCCCAACUUUGGCAGUGCAGUGCUGGACAGCUUGAAUGAGCAGCGGUUGCUGGGCCAGCACUGUGAUGUGGCCAUUAUGGUGAACGGGCAGGCCUUUAAGGCCCACCGUGCCGUGCUGGCUGCCAGCAGCCUUUACUUCCGUGACCUCUUCAGUGACAGCAGCCAGACUCUGUUCGAACUGCCCUCUUCAGUGGCUCCAUCCUGUUUCCAGCAAAUCCUGUCUUUCUGUUACACAGGCAGGAUGACGGUGACAGCCAGUGACCAGCUCAUGGUCAUGUACACAGCCGGUUACCUGCAAAUCCAGAACAUUGUGGAGCGUGGGAUGGACUUGAUGUUCAAGGCCAAUGCUCCAUUCUGUGACUCGCAGACAUCUGCCACAGACGAUCCUCCCAGCCCAAACAACAACAACGCCUCACUGUUGCUAGGCGACCGGCCUACGGCUGUCUGUAAAAUUAAAGAGGAGAAGCUGGAGACCCCUGUGUGUACUCAGAGUGGUGAGCUCAAGCAAACUGAGGAUGAUGCCAAGGGACUCAGGAGCAGAUCCUUGAGGGGGAGUGCACUUUUCUACACCACUGGUGCAGGAAACGGGACCCUGAGUGUAGUUCACCCAUAUGAACACUCAUCAAGAGAUCACUCAAGCCCCGGAGCCUCCAGCCUACCCACCACGGACAGCCCCACUUCCCAUCAGAACGAGGAAGAGGAUUUUGAAGAUGACUCAUAUGACAACCUUACCAGUGGGAAGAUUUAUGGUGUCUCAGCCAGUCUCUAUGGCAGUAAAUUGCAUGAGAAGAUGGAGGUGUCAUCCCUGCCUCCAUCCCUGGAGAGCCGUUUCUGCACACUACUCGGAGGGGACAGAGAAGCUCUUCCUGCCGGACUUAUCAGUCAGAUUGGCUACCGCUGCCACCCUGCUCUCUACACAGAGGGAGAUCCAGGCGAGAGGCUGGAGCUGAUUGCAGGAUCUGGUGUGUUCAUGACACGUGGGCAGCUGAUGAAUUGCCACUUGUGUGCUGGGGUCAAGCACAAAGUCCUUCUCCGGCGCCUGCUUGCUGCUUUUUUUGACAGGAAUACACUGGCAGACAGUUGUGGAACAGGCAUCCGCUCCUCCAACUGUGAUCCCAAUCGCAAACCUCUGGACAGCCGCAUACUUAAUACAGUCAAACUUUACUGUCAGAACUUUGCCCCAAACUUUAAGGAGAGUGAGAUGAAUGUGAUUGCUGCAGAUAUGUGUACCAAUGCACGCCGGGUUCGUAAGCGCUGGCUGCCCAAGAUCAAGUCUAUGCUGCCUGAGGCUAUUGAGGUGUACAGAGGCUCUGUGGUGUUAGGCCAGGUAGAUGGAGUCACCCAGCCCAGUCCUUCCUUCCUGUUUGAGUCUGACUUCAAACACUUGGCCCAGGCGAACCUCACUUUGGAGCAGCAUCUCUAUGGUGACUGCAGAGAAACACUGAGAAAUCACUUCCCUGGAGCCAUCAUAGAGGAGAGAGCCACCACAGAGACAAGCAAGGCUGAACCGCUGCGAUCACGCUCCGGGGACAAUCCAGAAGAUGUGCCUCCAAAGCAUCUGGAGACCUCGGAGAGAGAAGGGACAGUCCUUGCCCUAAACCCAGCCAGUAAGAGGGUUGACGGAGACAGUAGCAGCCCCAAAAGCCAGCCAGAGGAACACAGUAAAGAGCGGGCACUGGUAGAAGACCAGUGAGUUCUCCUUUUCACACCAUUCUAACCUCAUCUAUGCUUCAAACAAGGAGUGCUAUGACUAAUUACAUGGCUUCAUGCCACUUAAAUAACAUGUCAAAAUCUGCACGAUGGACACUGACAUGCAAUGAAUAUAUCAAUGAACUUCAAUGAUUAAAUACAGCAUUUUGUAAAAAAA